UCCUUCUGCACUUGUCAAAGGCCACUGAUCGCAAAUUACAUCAGAGUUGUGUCCACAGACGCACACGCAAAUAACACCGGGGCAACCUGUCUCCUGAAUUAAUAUACAGACGGGACUUUUUUCUUCUUCUCUAAACUCACUUUUUAUAAUUAGAAGCCACAAUGUUGCCUUUCAAGAGAACUUUUGAGAGCGAAAAACACCAGCUGCAGGAGCUCAACAGCAGACUUGUCCAGUACCUUUCCAGAACGAAGCAACUGGAGCAGGAAAAUGCGCAUCUUAUUACUGAAAUAAAUAAACUCAGACAAGCGAAGACGCAGGCGUGGGAGUCAAAAUACAGGGAUGAGAUGCGGGAUCUGAGGAGAAUGGUGGGGCAGCUGUCGUUUGAAAAGUCCCAGGCAGAGAUGGAGCGGGAGAAGCUAUGGCGGGAGUUGCAGAUGGUCCAGUCUCUGUGCAGCGAGCAGACUGAGGUGUGCAAUGGCAUCAGUGGCGAGCUGAAAGGCUGCGGGAGGGAGCUUCAACACGCUCACAAGACCAACAGUGAACUCCAGCAGCGUUUAUUUCAACUGGAGAACGAGUAUAAAUGCUUAGAGGAUGCGCACAGACGAGAAAAGGAUCAUCUCCGACGUCAGGUGGAGUCCCGGGUGGUACCCAUCAUCACGCAAACUUAUCGCGGCCCGCCGGCGGCCUCCAUGGAAGAGGUGCAGGAGUAUGCCCGCGGUCUGUCUGAAGGAUGGCUUGAGACCUUUGAAAUGUACCAGCAGAAGGUGGAAGAAAUGGAGCAGUCGAUUAAGGCAGACCAGGCGAGGCUGAGUGAUAUGCAGAGGGAAAAGAUGCUGUAUGCCUCAGAGUUGGACAAAUUACGUACAGAGGCAGAAAAGCAAGCCCAGAUUCAAUCGCAUCUUGAAGAACAACUGAUGCACAUGCAGGAAAAAUUCCGGGUGGACUUCAGUGAAUAUCAGAUGAUUAUUGAACAGCUGGAGCAUGAGAGGAACAUGAUGGCUGACACUAUUGCAGAAAAGAUGAGAGAGCAUCAACACCUUCUCCAGGUUAAGAUGGAUCUGGGCAUGGAGGUGGCUGCCUACAGGGCACUCCUGGAGGGUGAAAGAGUGGGUCUGCCAGAUGCUCAUAGGAGGGCAACUCAACAUCAAAGAGAAAGAAUAAUAGACAUUAAGAUGCCUGCCCAUCCCUACACUCCAAGAGCUUCCACCUUAACCACCAGACAACAUAUGGAUAUCAGGUACACGCCGCCGACUUCAAAGCUGAGAAGAUCCCCUGUGCCUCCCUCUGGGUCCAUAAGUCCCUCUAGGGUCAUUCCUAUUUCAGUUGCAGGCAGAGCUCGGCAUCAGAGUCCUGCCUCCAGAAGGGACAUGAUCUCAUUCACCAAAGCUCGGGCUGCCACUUCAGCCCCUGCAAACAGCACAGCCACUGCCACCAAAGACAAUCUAACGGGUCUGAGUGAAAACCAAAUUAGUCAAAAAACAACAGAGGAGCAAGUAAGUCCCAUCAAGUCGUCUGCUACUGAGACAAAAUCAGUGAGAGUGGUGUCACCGCCAAUGAUGAGCAUGAGCAUGAAAACUGAGACAGAAAGCAAAAAGAAAGUGUCAGAUGAAAAAGAGAAAGAUAAUGUUUAUGAAGGCGAGAUCAAAGAUAAAGGGAAAACAGUGUCUACGACAGGCCCAAGUGAGAAAAAGAUAUUAGACACUCUGUCUGUGGAGGAGAUCAUUGAAAACGUGAUAAAACCAGCAGGUUUGGAAGCUCAGGUUUGCUCCUCGGGAGAAUCGAAGGUAAGGUAUCAUGUGGAGAAAACUGAGCAGGAAGAUGGCACGACUAAGACACAGAUUGUGCUGGAAUCCAAAGUGGAGGAAGAGCUGGAUUUUUCAGAGGACUCGGCACUGGACAAUCUGCUAAGCCAAGGGGUUAAGAAGGUCUCACUGGAGGACAUCAAGGACACAGCAACAGGAAGCAUGAUCAAGAACCUGCUAAGUGGCCUGCAGGGAGGCGAGGGCCUGGAAAAUAAAUCUGUCAACGUGGAAAUCAUUGAGGAACCAGUGGAGUCUCACUGUGAUGAGGAGCUUGAGGUUGAACAGAAGUCCAGGUCUAGUUUUUAUGGACCCUCCUCAACAUAUUUCCAAAUUGAGGAGCUUGAAAAUGUCCCUCAUGAAGCUCAAUUUCAGAGCAGUGAUAGUGAUGCCAUGAAAACCUCCAUGACAGAUAGAGAUCAUCGCAAGGGUGGAUCUGUACAAGUUCAAGAGCAUUCUAGAGAGGGUGAAUCUUCAUAUUUCUCCCAUGACCAAGAGCCUCAAGAAUAUUUUGUCUCCACACCAGAUGAUAAUCUUUCUGAACCCGAGGAGGGGGGUGGCAUUACCUCAUAUGGCCAUUAUGGUAUUGUAGAUGACCUAUCAGAUGAGAGAUAUUAUCAAGAUGUUCCCCCAAAAAGAGUGACUGUAGAGGAAAGUGAUGAAUACAAGUCCAUGUCCAGUGAUCACUCAUUUGUCAAAGAGAGUUUCCCAGAGUGCAUCAUUGAAGAAGAGGUUCGUGUCUCCCCUGUAGUUCAGGAGUCAGUUCUUGAAUUCCUGAGAGAGGACUCUUUGGAGCCCAAAGAUCAGCUGAGGGGAGCUCUAGAGAAGCUACAAAGCUCAGUGUCGGGUCCACUGAAGGAGGAGUUGGCUUUCCUCACAAAAGUGAGUAGUGAAAGUCCGGAGAAUGUGGCGGUCAAUGUCAAAAAAGUGCAACAGUCAAGUGACAAUGGCACCAUGACUAUAGUUGCAGAGCUGAACGUGUCUCAAACCCUGGAAGACUCUGGGCUGCUGGAGGCAGGAGAUGACCUAUCUGAAGAGCAGAUCAUGGCAACUCUCCGAUCUUCUAACUUAGGCCUUGAGAAAGCCUUCCAGGGAGGGGCUGGAGUAGGAUACAGCUUCAGAGUCUCCAAAGAAGAGGAUGUUGCGUAUGGUGAAGAGUUCGAAGGCUUCACUCACGAAGGAGAGCCUGCUUAUGAAAUAACCGAGAAACACAUCAAACUGGGGCCAUCGAACUCAAAGUCCUUCACCUUCCAGAUGGAUGUACAAGGCAGCCACGAUGACGCUGCCUCGGAGCAAGAGCUGCGAUCUCAAGUCUCGGACACCCCUGUUAAGAUUUCUCAAGAGAAAAGAGUUGCAACAGUUUACCUUGAAAGCCCAACAGAUGAUUAAGAAAGAAUUCAGUCAAACAUAUUUUCAAACUCAGUACUUGCCAAUGUUACUUUGUUGAGGUGCACAUACAGAGUUUGUUGUCACGCAGGAGCCCACACACACGGCAUUAAUGCUGUUUGCAGACACUUUAAUAAUGCUUUAAGUUUUGCAGUUGAACAUUAUAUACAUCUAAUUGAUUUUGGUGCACUGUUUUACGGUACCUGCGUGUGUCACAUAAAACUGGGUGUACCUAUUAAAAAUAGUGAGUGCUAACUAAUAUGAGGUAUUUUAAUUUAGGAUUGUAAUAUCUACGUAUUCUAGCAAAUUCUUAUCUUGGUCAUUACUGAUGCUUGCGCUUAUCUUGCGCUGGUAUGUGUUAACCUUUUUUUUAGCUUGCAGUAUAUCCUCAAAGAGGUUUGUUUAUUCUCUCUAGAUUUCUCUAUUUUUGUAUUGACCCGUGCUGUAAAGCUUAAACGGCUCAUUCUGCAGAUUACAGCACCCUGUCACGUCAUGGCUGUGUCUUGCCAUGUUGCUGAAUCUACUUGGUCCACAUUUAAUGCAAGCUAACAUAUGACAGUUGGAGUUAUAAGGUGCUGUGCGCUGUUUGAAGAUUGGGGCUUUCAUUUUUCUUUUGACUUGGGCACUGCUGAUAAAUGGAACGGUUUUACUAUAUAUUGCAUACUGGAACAGAGAAAUUUGUUUUAAGCAGUAGUCAGUGAUGAGUACAGAAUUUAGUUAAGAUUGUAGCUGAGGACAGUGUAGUGGGAUUGGAGAAAAAGAUGGUAAUGUGUCUUAAUUUGCAAGUUGUGAAUGCUGAAAUGAAGGUGUAGUGGAUGUAAAUGUGGCACUUAAAACGGGUUGUUAAGAAACUUUCAAAGUUAUGUACUUUUAGACGAUUUAAAUUAACUCACAACUAAUGGCACAAAGCACAUUUUGAUUAAUUAUGGAAAAAAUUAUUAUGACUAUUAUAUAACAUGAUAAAUGUAAUCAGUGUGAAACAGGUUUGUAAAAUGUUCAUCUUUACAUGGUAUGUGUCAAUACCAUACAUUUCUAAUUUCCCAACUGUGAACAUUUUGAUCUGAGAUUAGGGAGCUGGGAAUUGUAAAUUACACCAUGUAAAACAAACAAAACUAGGGCUGCCAAUUUGAAAAGCAAAUAGUAAGAUGAAAAGUAGCAGCAUAAUACUGAUGAAUUUAAAAGAUUCAGUCAAAGUGUUAAAGCAAAUAUAAUCACAUCCGGGUUUGAUGUACAGUAUGUCUUGUCUGGAUGCCUUUUGCUUGUAUACAUUUGUUGGUUAUCACAGUGUUGGCUUGAAGGAUUCACCUUUGCUCUAACAUAAGAGUGUGUGACGGUGACUAUUUUUGGAUCAUCUGCUUAGUGGCAAUGACAGUUCAUUAGCGGUUGUUGUGUUGUGUUCUAGUUGCAGAGAUAGAAAUGGUCCACUGUAAUUACAGCCUGGUUACAUGUUUUGCACAUAUUCAAAAUUUAUACUUUAACUACUAACUAACUAUUGGGCAACUGUUGACUUCAUACAUUAGCUUUCUGGCACAAUCAUGUUUAAAAAAAUGUGCAGAAAUGCAAUGUUUAGUGUGAAUUUAAUGCUUUUAUGAAUAUGUUCAUUGUUAGAAAUCUACAAAAUGAAACCUCAAUUAAAAACACUUGUUGCAUUAAGUGCCCAGAUACAGCAUAUUUUCCAUACAUGAUCGCAUUUGCAAACUGCAGUAAUUUAUAGUACUAUAAUAAAAACAAAAACAUGAUUUCAUCAGUGCACUUAAAAAAGGAAUCUGUGUUAGGAUACUGUAUAUGGACGUACACAGUGUAAUCUGGAUACCACGUGCCAUUUAAUAGCAUAAAAGAAAAUGUGUACAUGAGCUAACAGAAAAUCUAUUGAUGUAUAAAGAAUUCAAUUCAAUAAGCGUUUGCCAACAUGGACAAACCAACAUCAUUGCUUUUAUUGACAUAAUGAUUUCUUUUGAACAAAUGACAUUAUUGCUUUGCUUAAAAAGGUUCAAGCCUGUGUUUGGAAAGUAAUUCAUAUCUUAACACAAUUAAAACCUAUUGUGUGUA